AUGGCUUCGUGUAUGCCGACCGUCCCUCGGGUGACAUUCACCGUUAUCGAACCCAUCUCGCUCGUGGCUGGCUUCCUCGGUGCUGUCAGCGACCCCGCCUGGUUCGUGGCCCAACAGGUCCCUCAGAAGCUGGUUCCUGCUGCCGCCGUCGCCGAGAACAGCAUCGUCCUAGCAUGGCAGCUCGGCAAUCUGUACCUGCUCAUGGCCCUGGUGGGCCUCUUUGUCCUCAACUCAACAUCUGAGGUCAAGGUUGUGCGAGGCUACCUUUGGGCGCUUUGGCUGGGAGACAUUGGACAUGUGGCUUUCAGUUGCUACGGUCUAGGAAAAGAACGGAUGAUGAAUCCCUCGGGAUGGAACGUCAUGGCUUGGGGCAAUAUCGUUUUCACCGGCAAUGAAUUAGGAACAGAGAUUUUGCUUGUGCUCGAGCCCUCGGCCGAAGGGUAA